UCUCGCUUUCCGUAGAAAGCGUGUUUCAAUGACAUUCCAGUUGCUGCUGUCAUAAGGCAAACCCACGUUUGAUGCAGAUUUAAAAAUGGCUUUAUAUUCUCUAUUUCGAUCCGUCAGAAGUGAACUGGGCAAGGUAUGUCUCGCGCAGCAUCAAUCCCUGUAUACCAGCUGCCCAAAUUUAGGGGCAGAUAAAGCUCUUCUUCUGAAAUUACGCAAAUCUACGGGCUACACCUUCAUCAACUGCAAAAAGGCACUGGAGAAGUUUAACAAUGAUAUUACACAGGCGGAAAGCUGGCUAAAUGAACAAGCACAAAAAGAGGGAUGGAGCAAAGCAAGUAAACUAGAGGGCCGCAAAGCCAAAGAGGGAUUGAUUGGUAUUAUGAUGGCUGACAAAUCGGCUGUUAUGGUUGAGGUGAACUGCGAGACGGAUUUCGUAGCCAGGAAUGAGAAGUUUCAGCAGUUGGUGAAGGAUGUUGCCUUGUCCGUAAUGGCACAUCACAGUGGCCAAAGACAGACUGGGUAUAUUAAGAGUGUGCUGUCUUCUGAAGACAUAGCUAAGAUUCAUUUGCCUGAUGGACCUUCACUGGCAGAUCAGCUGGCCUUGACUAUAGGGCGAUUGGGUGAGAACAUUGGCAUGAGGCGAGCUGUGUCACUUGGCAUUCCCUCUGACUGGCACUUUGGUUCAUAUGUUCAUGGGGCGGUACCUGGGCAGGUUGGCAUGGAGAUGGGACGCUAUGGAGCGCUCGUUGUGUUCCAAGGUGGACCGAUGGAGGGGACGGAAACUUUUGGAAGAAAGUUAGGGCAACAUAUAGUGGGUGAAGCACCAGUUACCCUUGGCACCGUGGACGAUAUACCAUGUGGGGACUCGGAGACGAGACUCUUGCCCCAGACCUUCCUCCCUGAUUCCAAAUAUACGGUAGCACAGUACCUGACUCUACAUGAUGCACGUGUGCAAGACUUCAUACGCUUCAAGUGUGGAGAGAGCAUCGGUCAGGAGGAAUAGUGAGAAGAGUCGUCUGAAUGAGAAAAUAAAGACUUUUUGUUGUUAUAAAAUGCUCUUAAACAUGAAGUACAUGUUUUCUUAAAAAAAUAAACCUCUAUGAAAUUAGUUUUUUCAUUUGCUGAAAUGAAAGCGUGUUAUAAUGAUAAUUGUUUGACAUUUUAACUAAGGAUAUAUCUUACACAGUCAAAAUAUUUCAGAGAUCAGGAGUUGUCCAACGGGCUAAAACAUUGGAACAGUGUUACUGAUAUA